AUGAAGAUCAAGAUCAAGCAAAUAUCUGACAAGUCUGAUAGAGUCCCUCCGAUUGUCGCUUAUUUCGCUUCAGGAUACGAUCCUUUCGCUAAAAAUCCAGAAUCUAGAGUCAUAGAAACUCCUAAGGUUACGGUUUAUAGGCAUAAGGAUGAGUCGAAGAAGAGGCUUCAGGUUGUGGUUAGCCCACCUGACUCAAACGUGGAGUUCGUUGGCUCGAAUUACACUGGCGAACAAACGGCUAGACAGACUUGUGUCUAUAAACUAGGUGUUCUUAAUAAAGAGACUCGUACAUUGAAAAUUCUUCCCAUUGCUCAUAAUAAGAUAGUCAGAUUGGAGCCAAGAGUAAUUAAAGAAACAGUCGAUUUGGAAGCUUCAGAAGGUUCGGAUACCGAAUCUUCAGGCAAUGAGGACAUCUCAGAACUUACCGAAGAAGAACGACUAAAACGAAAAGCAACGAAAAAACUUACCAAACGUUUUUGUACAGAGCAAGUUAUUAAUCGGAACAAGAAGAAGCGCGGCUUAAACCUAGGAUAUGAUCCUUUGACAAAGGAGUUACUUAAAGGGAAACUUAACAAAGUAAAUGUUAAGGCAAGUGCUCUUAAAAGCAAUUCAAUUGUUGCUCGCAACAUUCCUCCUUACGAUACCUCUGCGACGACUCCAAGUGAAGCUUAUCCUAUACAAAAGAUCAUUGAAAAAGGAGAAUGGCUCUUCCUUCAAGAUAUUUACUUGCUUCUGCAGCAAGAAACUGAAGCAGUAACCGAUAAUUACCCUCUAUUUGUGAGCAAUAGAUUGUACAAGUUGCGAGCUAUCAAGGACGAGACUGAGAAAGCAGACGGUUUGUGGUGUCUUAUCACUCCUAACACAUAUGGUUAA